AUGGCAGGCAUAAUCCGCAUAACCAUGUUCAAAGUGCCCUCCCAAGCAUCCCGGGAUACCAUGCUCAAGAACUACGAGACCUUGUCGAAAAAGGCCGUUAAGGAUUCAGCCCCCUAUAUCGUCUCCCUACAAGCUGGCGAAUCUCAAGCCAACGAUCCCCGUACCCAAGGUUUCUCCGUGGUCGCAAAGACUGAGUUUAAGAGUCUGGAGGAUAUGAAAUACUACGAGGAUUCAUGCGAAGCACAUAAAUGGUUCAAGGGCGAGGCAAAAACUUUGGGGAUUGAGGGGAUGUGCUGUGUGUACUUUGAACCAACUGUUGUUGCUUAA